GCCACUCUUUUUCUGCCUCACCAUGUACACUCUCCUACACUCUUUUCUUCUCCCUUUUUCUCUUUGCUGCUUCACACUGCCAUCCUGAUCUCUUCCAUACUCCCUUCAACUUCCUCUCUACCAUCACUGAUAUAUAAAAAUCAAGUUCACCGGUAUUUUCCCCUUUUUUUUCGCUCUCUUCUCUCUGUUGUAUGAUCUGAUACACCGAAUCGGAAGUUCAUCUCAAUGUCGCCGAUUUGCAGUUCAAUCUGAGCCACCACCGAUUUACUCUCUACCAUCCUACAAAUUCCACCAUCACUGAUCUAUAAAAAAUCAAGUUCACCGGUUUUUUUUCCCCCUUUCUUCCCCUUUUUUUUGGCGCUCUACCCUUUGUUCUAUGAUCUCACACACCGAAUCGGUUCAGUUCAUCUCAGAGUCGCCGAUUCGCAGUUCAAGCUCGGUAUCGCCGAUCGGAAGUUCAUCUCGGUAUCGCCUAUCGGAAGUUCAUCUCACUAUCAUACCAAUUGAAUACGUUUUUCUGACCUUGAGAUGCAACAAAGAUGGUCUCACAACAGUGGCUGCUCAGGAAAGGUUGGCCAUUUUCGGCUACAACAAGCUUGAAGAGAAAAAGGAAAGUAAGUUUUUGAAGUUCUUAGGAUUUAUGUGGAACCCUCUCUCAUGGGUUAUGGAAGCUGCAGCUAUUAUGGCCAUUGCGCUUGCCAAUGGAGGAGGAAAACCACCUGAUUGGCAAGAUUUUGUUGGGAUUAUUGUUCUGCUACUUAUCAAUUCAACUAUAAGUUUUAUAGAGGAGAACAAUGCCGGGAACGCUGCUGCUGCUCUAAUGGCCCGACUUGCACCCAAAGCUAAGGUCCUUAGAAAAGGGAGGUGGGUUGAAGAGGAUGCAGCUAUUCUUGUUCCUGGUGAUAUAAUUAGUGUUAAGCUUGGGGACAUUAUUCCUGCAGAUUCUCGCCUUCUUGAUGGUGAUCCCUUGAAAAUUGAUCAGUCUGCACUUACAGGGGAGUCCCUUCCUGUGACGAAAGGCCCUGGUGAUAGUGUUUAUUCAGGUUCCACGAGCAAACAAGGUGAGAUUGAGGCAGUGGUCAUUGACAGGUUGAUGUUAUUUCAGGUAUGUAUGUUUGUGUAAAUUUGACAGGUUGAUGUUAUUUAAGUACCAUUUGUGUUUUGUUAAUUCAAGUAUGUCUGUUUAAGUACCAUAUGUGAUCAAGGAAGUACCAUUUAAGCCAAUUAUGUGUGUAAAAUUUGAGUUGAUGUUAUUGGAUAUGAGUUAAUGUAAGUUUUCUAUGGGCUACAUUGUUAGUUUAGUUCAAUUGAAACAACUUCAACUUGACA